GCGGGGAGCGCUCCCCGAACAAUCCCCGGUACCGCUCCCGGUGCGGCCGCCGCGCAUCCUUCAUCCUUUACGGGGACACCGCCGCCUCUGCGCGCUCGGGGGAGGAGCAGCGGCUGCCGAGGAGCCCCGGGGGAUGCCCGCGGGGCCGGAACAGCACCGGCAGCGGCCGCUGACCGGCCGCACGUCAUGAGCGAGCGCCGGUGGCUGCGGGGCUGCGAGCGCCGCUCCCGGCCGGGGCCAUGGGGCCGCAGCCCCGCCGCGUCCUGCUGCUCGGGGAGGGGAAUUUCUCCUUCGCCGCGGCGCUGAGCGGGGCCCGGGCCACGCACGUGGUGGCCACUUGCUACGAGAGCGAGGAGGAGGCGGCCGGGCGCGGGGGAGCGGCGCGGAGCAUCCGCCGGCUGCGGGACAGCGGAGCCGAGGUUGUGUUUUCCGUGGACUGCACCAAGCUGAAGGAGCACUUUGUACCGGGAAAACGGGAAUUUGAUCGUAUUUAUUUCAACUUCCCCCACUGUGGGCGGAAGGCUGGGGUGGUGAAGAACAGGCAGCUCCUUGCCGGCUUUUUCCAUAGCUGUGCAGAGGUGCUGGCACAGGAGGGAGAGAUCCACGUGGCCCUUUGCAAUGGCCAGGGAGGGACUCCUGCGGAUCAGCCCAGGAGGGAGUGGCACAACAGCUGGCAAAUCGUGGCUGUGGCUGCAGGAGCUGGCUUUAUCCUGAGCCACGUUCAUCCUUUCAAAGCAGAGACUAUCGAGGGAUACAAAUGCACAGGUUACAGGAGUCAGGAUAAAUCCUUCUGUGUAGAGGGUGCUUUGAACCACAUUUUCACACAGAGCACAGCACCCCUGUGCUUCACACCCAUGAGCUGCCAGACACAACUGGGGAGCCAAAAAGUUUCUUUUCGAGUGCCACAAGUCCUUGUGGAUAAAAUUAACAGGGGUUUCCUCGAAGUGAAUUCAAGUCAUCCAGUAAGGACGAUAAAGGAGAAGCUCAGUGCAGGGCUCAGCCAAGCUUUUCCUCUGCAGAACAUCAGCUCCUGCCUUCCCCUGCUCCACCAAGGACACCCCGGUGGUGUUUGCCACUCCAACAUCUUCUGGAUCACCCUGAGCCCAGGGGAGGCUCCAGGCACUGAGAAAAUGUCUCAGGGACUGGCAGAUGCAGUUCUCUGUUCCCAUUUUGGCCAGGACACAGAUGAGAAUGGACAGGAGGGAUGCCCAGCUCCAGAGCAGUUUUACCUUAGGCCUUCCCUCCUGCCUCAUGCUCAGGCAAUAAUAAAAAAAGGAGCCUUUUCCCCAGGGACACUUCAGGUUCUUUCUGGGCCAGUUUUUAGGAAAUGUCGGAUCGCUCCCCACUCCAUGCCAGCUUUCCAUGAAAUGCUGGUUGUGCUUGCAGUGAGCAGGGGCACAGAGAACAGCUGUGUGCAGAUGUUGGUGGAGAACAUUAAAACCACCAUGAAUUCACUUCACCAGGGCACUUCUGGUGUCAAACCCAGCAUCAGCCUGCAGGAACCAACAAGUUUUGGUACGGACCUAAGUGAUUUUGCUGCUUUUGAAAGGCAGCUUGGUGAAAUUCAGCAUUUCCUCUGUGUGGGGACAGAGCCAGAGCCCCCAGGCUCCUGUGUGGGGGUUAUCAGGGCAGCUCCUGGUGAAUUAAAAAGCCAUGAGCUGGUUGUUGUCUCAGCCUCGCUGAACCUAGACCUCCUGGCCAUGCUGCUGUGUGGAAUAUCCGACUGGAGAAUGCUCUGGACGUGGGACAGGCGCUUCCUCAGGCAGUUCCCUGAGGGAGAGUUGAGGCUUUUCAAGAGCUUUUCCCUCUAUCCACCUUCCUACGUGCACGAUGUCAGCUUCUGGCUUCCUGACGGGCAGGACUUUGAUGAAGUGGCUUUUCACACCCUUGCCAGGAGGGUGUCAGGUGAAAUGGUCGUUUCCAUCCAGCUGAGGGACAACUUCCAGCAGCCAGGGACGGGACGGAGGAGCCUCUGCUACAGGGUGACUUUCCAGUCCUGUGACAGAGCCUUGGGCUGCCGGGAGGCAGCGGAGAUGCAGCGGCACCUUCGGGAGGAAAUCCAGCAGCACCUGGGUGUGACCCUGAGGUAGAACACAUCCCUGGUUUGCAGGGGCUCUUGUGGCCCUUUCUGAGCUGGAAAAUGUCACCAGCACGUCGUUGGACCUGAGGCUGUGUUACUGCAGUGCCUGUCACGAGGGCGGGGUGGACUUUGAGCACCUGCCCACGUUUCCAUGUGGGACCUCCUGUUAAUGGAGCUCCUGUUCUCUGUGUGUGUGUAAUGAAACCUCAUUUUAUAA